AAGGGUAUACAGGCGAGAAUCUUCGGUGCGAUUUGUGAACCAUAAGAAUAUUGGCUCCAUAACCGCACACAAUGGUAUACAUAUUUAGAUCAAGAGGGCUGGGCUAUUCAUUCGUAUGACUUGAGGAGGGAGGUUUGGGAGGAGGGAGGUUGGGAGGAGGGAGAGAGAGAGAGAGAUGUACAGUAGGCAACAGUGUCUGACUAAGAUAAGAGGCGAAACCAGAAGCGGGAGCUAAUACGAGUUCACGCUCGGCUUUGCGAAGCUGGCUAGAUGGAGUGGCUGCACGUCGUCGUUCGUUCAACGCCCGUGCCCAGGCUAAAAUAGCAUCAAAUACAUAAAGCGAGUUUUGCUCGGCCCCGGCAUAUUGUACAUGUACAUAUGCGACUCUCUCUCUCUCUCUCUCUCUCUCUCACUCUUCUCUUUUUUUUCCCGCGUGCAUCUGUGGAAGAAAGAGAGAGAGAGGCAGCUGAAGAGAAAAAGAGACGGACCAUAGGACUCGACUCGUCAUGAGAACGACGUGGGCGUGUGUAAUGUACACAAGAGAAGAAACCUAAAAGAAAAAUUUCUCUCUUCCAACCAUCCAACCAACCAACCAACCUCCCAAAUCCAAACUCUUCCAACUCCCGCGAUCCCGACACCCGGCCCCCCUCUCCCAUUCCACCCACUCUUCUCUCCUAAAAAAGAAUGGGAAAAAUACUUUGCCAUUAUCAAGGAAGCCAAAAAGAGGAGGAAUCAAAGGGGGCUGGGUGGGAGGAGGACAAGGUGUGGGGAGGGAGAAUCGGUGGGAGUUGUACGAACGGGAAUGUCUGAGGAGAAGGACCAAAACAUGCAUUGAACGCCAAACCGACUGGCUCUCUCUCUCUUUCUCUCUUUUUCUCUUUUUCGUUUUUAUUUUAUUUUUUUUUUUUUUUCGUUCGUAGCAGAGUUGAAGAGACUUAGAGCAGCAGCAGAGGACGAGGAACCAUGACUGGCUUCUGUGGAGAAGGAAGAGCGUCAGAACUGGGAAACUCGUCGUGAGCGGUCGUGAGUGGAGAUCAGUAUAGAGAGAGACUGUCACCGAAGUCGUCGUCGUCAGUCGCUGCGUGCUGUGCUGCUUCGACGUUUGUUUGGGCUGGGCUGCUGCUGCGACGAGUGCUACUAGGCUACUAGUGCCGCUGCUACCACACUGCUUCAUCAGUAUACAUCAGGAGGGAUAUACGGCACUGCCAGGGGCUUGAUGUUGCUCAUUCGGCGUCGAGUUUCCGUCGAAAGUGGCGGUGAAAGCGGCCGGCCGCAGGAACGUGCCAAAGCUCCUUCUCCCGACCCCAGUGUAUGCAGUGCUGUGGUUCAUUCCUUUAUCGAGCUGGGUAUUUCGGGAAAGGCCAGAAAGCGAGAAAAGGAAGCCCCAAGGAAACAACAAGGACAACAAUAACAAAAGGCAAGACAAAGUCGCGCAGAGAGAAGAGAGAGAGAGAGAGAAGAGGCCAACGCACAGCAAGAAAAAAGCCCGGCACUACACAAAUCAAAAACAAACCGUCGGCAGGAGACAGUCGGCCGAGACUCGAGAAAAACUAUCCAGCAAAGUGUUGAACGCCUUAGUACCUCUAGACGCCUAGUAGGAGCCGCCACGCGUGUGUCGUCUUCCAGUGCGACAACAACAAACCAGAAAACCAGCACCUUCGGCUGGGAAACUAAUAGCCGACAUUGACUGCUCCUGUGGUGUGUAGAAUCAGUAGAGUGUGAUGUUGGGCUGCUGCUGGCUGUAGAAACGCUGUAUAGCACGCUGUUGCUGGAAGUUUGGACUAUUGGUUUUCUCCGCAAUAACUCUGAUUGAAUUUCGAAACUAUAUCUUGUGAGUUAGGCAUCUGACGACAGGGCGACAGCAGUGACACAAUGCAGAGAAAAAGAGAAAGAGCCAGAUGAGGAAUUCCUUGGUGAGUGCGCAUGAUGAUGGAGGGACGGAUCGUCUACGCGACGGGAGAAGAGAGGCGGUGUGUCUAGAUUUUUUGAUGCCAAACUGAAUUAUAACGACCCUAAUUUCGAGGUCGUCCGCCAGUAAUCCAAUCGCAGGGAAAGCAGUGCCCCCCCUCCUCCCUCUCUCUCACGUCAGCUGAUAUCGACAAGUGAAAAAGUUUAAUCUAUUGACGUUUUUUUAAUGAUUUCAGUGAAAACUUGCGAAUUUACAUGUGAAAUCGAGUGCCUUGGUUGCGUAAGUGAUGUGUAUCGGAAUGUGCGCUGUGUUUCUCUAGCUCUGUUUCUGGUGCGGUCAUCUCGACCCUAUAUCUGUCGGCUCCUUAAAGCAGUAGCACUCGGGUCAAAGAAAACGGGACAAUACACCAAGUGGACGGACACUUAUCCUUGCUGUGCAGUAAGCUUACGCACACACGUCUGCAUUCUUCACGUCUGUAGACGCCGAGCCGACAAUCAGCUGGACUAUGGAUUGCUGUUGCUGGUGGGUGCCACCGGUCCCGAUCGAUAUAUAGAUAGACCAUGUGCUGCCCUCUUUCUAUACAUUCGCCAGCUGGCGAGACACACGACACCCUUCCGAAUGAGUGACCGCUCAUGUAAGGAGAUAUACAGGCAAAGAGGAAGGGAAAAAAACCUCGGGAAAGUCAAGCAGAUAAAGACAGGCCUAAAAGAGUCAGCAAUAGAGAAAAAAAAAUGAAUAAGGAAGUACACAAAAAAAGGAGCGGGAAAAAAAUGCUAAAGUGAACGGGAAAACAGCCGACGACGACUUAUAAAUUCUCCCGUGUACAAUAUAAGGACGGCGCAGAGAAAAUCACGUUGCAGCAGCGCCAUUGGGAGCUCCCGACAAGAGAUUGGCACAUUCAACCUGAAGAAAUUCGACGUUUGACCGUGGGGGAGUAGUCCCAGCCAGUUGAAGCGCAUCGAACCAGGAAUCCUGUGCGAAUCGGACAUAGGCUGGCUCUACAUAGGCGCCGAUGAUGCGGGAGGAAAAGGAGCGGAAGAGGAUGAACGUGCAAUCGUUAAGGAUCGCGCUGUCUGUUCGACUUGAGUUCGAGUUGGGGUUCGACCGUUGUCUGCUCAAGUGGUAGCGCCGCUUUGCUAAACAACGGCCAGAGUUGGACAGUGAAUGCGGUCAUCGUCCGACAAAGGGAUUUAUGUGUGUUGAAUUCGUGCAGACGCCAGAGAACUCGAGGACUGGCUAGUUAAAGCGAUGGCAACUUCAAUGGCCUGCACGUCUGCAACGGCCACCAGUGCUGCUUCUGUUGCCACAUCAUCAUCCUCGUCGUUAUUAUCCGCCGCCGCCGUGACCUCGUCCAAUAAUGCCUCGGCUGGACAUAGUUUGUCGUUCGCCAGCCACAGCCCUCGCCCGCCCGAGCUGCACAGCCUUCGCAUCCACACCAAGAGUAUCGAACAAACUCUCAUACCGCUCGUCACGCAGAUCACGACCCUGGUUUCGGCGCCGGAUCGACCGCUGAAAGCUGAACGUUCACGACGAGCCCUCGGCCGAGUUGGUAGAGCUGUUCAAGCAGCCGUCGAACGGUUUGUCUUGGUUGGCGAAACAAUUGCCGACGACAACAGUGAAAUCAAGUUGGAUAUGUACGAGGCCUGCAGGGAGGCCCGCCAAGCUGGUGCUGCCAUUGAAAAGUUAUGCGAACUGCAAUAUGACGAAACACAAACCUGCGGAACAGACGGCGAAAUGAGUCCAUCGGCCGGGAGUGGCGGAGGUGGAAGCGGUUCAAUUCUUGGUAGCAGCGGAAUGACCGACAAAGGUUCAAUGGUCCGAGCAGCCCGAUGUCUGCUAGCCGCUGUUACUCAAGUCCUUCUUUUAGCUGAUACCAUUGUGGUCAAACAGCUUCUUCAAGCCAAAGAUAAAGUGUCGAAUACGCUAACUCGCCUAGAGGGAGUAAACAAUUUCACAGAAUUUGUGAAAGCCUUCAGUCAGUUCGGAAGCGAGAUGGUUGAUUUUGCUCACGUGACGGGAGAUCGCCAGAACGAUUUGAAAGAUGAGAGACGGCGAGCCCAAAUGAGUGCUGCUCGUACUAUUCUAGAACGUUCAACGCUUAUGCUUCUCACCGCCUCAAAGACGUGUCUGCGACAUCCCGAGUGUACUUCAUCACGCGAGAACCGCGACACCGUUUUCUGUCACAUGAGGCGCGCCAUCGACCUGGUUCACUACGUAGUCAAGGAUGGCCUUUUGCAGAGUAGCAGUGACCACGUCAGCGACGCUCGAACCCCCGGCAACGGUCCCAACUCUUCUUCAAUGUCCAAUCAACCCAAAGAGGAGGAUUGGGACGUCCUGUUAACAGCCUACGGAGCCAUCCAGCAACUAGACGACUCCGUAGAGAUGACUCGGCUAACACUGGCGCCAUCGGCUUGUCGGGAACGUAUGACCUCGGCACUGGAUGCCGCCAUCGAACGAACUCAAGACUUUACAGACUCGGCCUACACGUCGCACGAACACCGGGAAAAUAUUCUCCUACUUUGGGAUCGCGUUAGAUCUGGAUUAUCUCACGUCAUCCGCGCCGGUAUCAAUUUGGAACAAAGAGAAAGGCACUCGCCAACGGAAGAACUGGAAACGGCCAUCCGGACACUCUUGCAGUGCACUCAAGAGCUGCGACUCCAACUGGAGCAGACAUCUCUUGAACAAGCGUCGGAGCUGCUGGCCUCGUCGCGGGAGGACGCCGACCUGGUCUGCCAUCUGCGAGCGGCGGCCAUUUCGCUAGAUGGCGACCGAUUCGACGAGUGCAGCGAGCGCUUUCAGGAGCACGUUGACCACUUGCAAGAAGUGUGCAAGCUCUUGCGACAUGUGGCGCCGACUGAAGCCCUACAGGUUCAAGCCAAAUAUGCCGAGAUCACCGUUCGCAUUUACGGACCCCAAAUGCUCACAGCCACUCACACCCUCUCGCUUUACCCCAAUUCCAAGAUAGCCAAAGAAAAUUUCCAAGUUUUCUCCGACUGCUGGCAGGCGCUACUCAACGACGUCACCAAUCUGGCGAAAGAAGUGUCAGAGCUUCUGCAAGGUCGCGCGACCGAAAAACAUGUUUACAUGUCCCUUCCACGACCAGGCAAACACGGGACCACUAGUAAACCUCUAAAGCCGGGUAAACUCGACUCAGAGGAGCAAGCGAAAAUAGCAAAAGCUGGACUUGAAAUGAAAUUAAUCACAAGCGAAAUGGACGCGGAGACGGACAGAUGGACAGAAGCUCAAAACGCGGCACAACAACAGGCCACUGCGCUCAGAGGAGCUGGCGGCGAAGCUCUGGGCGGAAUGGCGAAUCCGGGCGUUGCUGGAGUCGGCAACGGUGGUGCUGGUGUCGCUGGCGGAGCUGCUGUCCCGAUGAGUCCGACCAGCAGUGGCUUGGACGAGAACAAUGAUAUCGUCAAACGAGCUCGCAACAUGUCUUCCAUGGCCUUUAGUAUGUAUCAAUUCACGCGCGGUGAGGGAACGCUCAAGACCACACAGGACCUCUUCACGCAAGCCGAGUAUUUCGCCGAAGAAGCCAAUCGGCUUUACAAAGUAGUCAGGCAGUUUUGUUACCAGGUACCUGCCGGAACUUUGAAGAAAGAAUUGCUGGACUAUGUCGAUCAGAUUCCAACUUACGUACAGCAGUUGCAAUUCACCGUCAAGAAUCCCACCGUCGGGAAAGCGGCCACGUUCACCAAAGUCGACGCUGUCAUCCAAGAGACGAAAAACUGCAUGAAUUGCGUCUCGAAAGUGGUCAGCACUUGCUUCGAAUGCGCCAACAAGUAUAACUUGUAUAUGUCGGACACUUUGGUGUCGGAAGCUAUGGCAAGCAGCACUGGAAGCGAGGAGCAUCAAACAUCUUCAUCGUCGAUGAUGUUCAAACCCGUCAGCGACAUUCAAUCCAGACUAGGGAAGUACAACUUGGACUUCAGAGGACUGUCACCGCGCGGACGGUCUCCGGGUCAGCGAGGUGACGACGACAACGGCGGCGCUGGUUCGGCAACCGAAGGCGGAAAGGCGAGUGGAGGGGCGGGCGGUGACCCGUCCAUCUGACAGUUUGGGAUGGCCCGAAGGGGCAAAGGCGAUUCGAGAAGGACCAGAGUUUCAUUCUUGCUUUUCUGAGAAGUCAUUCGACAUCACAGCCGAUGGCACCAAACAGCAACUUCAAGUACAAACACCAAGGCAUUGGCAACUGCCGCUGUCGCAAUUGAGAUUCAAAAACUCCUCAAGUGUCUGAAUCUUGCCCUCUCUGCCCUGGGAGCUCAGAGUUGUCAACUCCUUGACACACAGACAUCAUCACAUGUGAAGAAAAGAAAAACAGGUAGGCCUAUAUCUGCCUAUAGAACAACAACACCGACGAGAAUCUAUAAAUUCUCCUUCCGGCCUGUGACGGUGUCUGUAAUGGUGUGGCUUUCAUGACUCGUGGAAGGCAGCAAUGAAUAUAGUUGAAACAAAUUUGUCUCGUCUCUGAUGUAUGAAAGUUGAGAACGAAUCGUGACGAUUCCUAUAACCUACUGCACAUACCCAAAUGCAAUCACUUCCUUCCUUUUUUCACCGAAUGUUUACAUUGAUCAUCGUUACGCCAUUAUUUUGAUUUGCGGGAACAUACUUUUUAGAGAUAACAACUCGGAAAAUUCUGGCAUACAUACUGGGGCUGCAACUAUCGGCUCCGUUCUGUUCGGUCUUCGGUGUCGGUUCUGAAUAAUCAUGGCCGGGUUCGAAAAUGUUAAUCACAGCAGCGCAAUCCUAGAAAAUAGGAGACCAGUUAAAACUCCGAUCCUAGACACAAUUACGGAUUUACACUAAAAGUAUUCGUGGGUGGACGGUUAAUGAUGAAUGAGAUCAAAAGUAAUCGUCAAGAAAAACAUAAUCAUUUUUUUUUUAAAUGUACGAAUGACGCCAAUGUACACGAGUCAUGUAAUUGUGUCUCGAUAGCAUAAUUCAGAUCACAAAAUAAUUGUUGACGUUUGUUGUCAUGACCUGUUAGAAAAAAAAAAUGUCGGGCCCUUACACAGUUCAAAUAAUGGACGAAAAUAGAUUGAUGUGGAUGGUCAAUGAUAGGCGGAAAAUAAGAGGAGUUAUAACCUUUACAAUAAUGACUUAUAAAUGAUAUGUUACUGUUAAAGUUUUAGGGACAAAUUCUUUGCCAAAUUAGUAUAAUAGUCAAGAUAAUUCAUCAAAGAAAUUUAUGGAAAUUCAAAUUAUUAUCAGUUGAUUUAAUCGUAUUUUAUUGAGCCAUCCUCGUCUUUAAUUGGGUGUUUCUAUUUUACACCGAAAUCAAUCGGGAAGAUAUUUUCUUUGACUUUUGCAGCAAUCACAUGCCCUUUAAGUUUAAAGAAAUUUAAAUUCAGUGUUUCCCAAAUUUUCAGUUGUCUUGACAAAUGGAAGGAUAAUCAAUUAAUUGUUCGUGAAUUGCCAUCGUUUAUAAAUAUGUUUUUACACUUCGAUUUCUCGACAUCUAUGGUAUCUCGGUGUUUAUCUGUCAUCCGUCAUCGCUCGCCAACGUGUAAUGAACUAAAUUUGCCUUCAACGUAUAUUUCUCAACUAAAAGUUGUUUCGUCAUAUAUGUUGAUGUAUAAGAAAAAGGAAACAAUUAACGAAGCACGGUAUUUAUGAUGAAUGUCUGUUGAUUCACCAUACAAUCAUCGUCGUUCACUGUUGCAUGUAGGUGGUUUAUACCACUGUGAAACUAUUUACAAGCCAAAAUUACGGCUAUCUGAUGACAAUGAGAAAGCAGAUGGACAUACUAUCAAUUGUGUUGAUGUAAAUCAAAAUAAAAAAUUAUAAAAAAAAAAUCAUUUGUUGUUAUUGGGGAAGAUCAUAUUAAGUUCCGUUUUUUAGAAGAUUGCGAUUUUCUGUGUAUAGUGUGAAGUGUCCAUGUAGUGGUGCGUGCCCGAGGGACGGGGGGAGGGGUGCAUGUCCACCCCAAAUUGUUUUUCAAAUGCAGAUUAGUGCCAAGGUUCUAAAAAGCUGCAUCGAUCACUAAAAAAACGCCCACGACUCAUCAUCUAACUGAACGGACUUCCUCUAACUGAUAACAAUGAACAGUCAAAUGAAAGCUAAGAGAAAAAAGACUAAUAUAUGUUUUGUGCGUAUCAGUAUCACAAAAUUGCCAGAACAACAUCGACUCACACCCAAAAUGCUCUUGGUAUUUGUACAAGUGUUGGUUUUAACUUCUCUGUUAACUGUGGAGACGCUCGCUCUGGACGUAAACAUAGAAAAUAAUACAUACACAGACAUCCAAACUUCCAACAUUUACUGCCAUUCAUCCAGAAUAAACAACGCCCAGAAGGUUAUUUGCGAUUUCCGGCAUACGGCUGCAAAAUUAGGAAAUCCAGAAAGCAUUUUAAAAGGACAAAAUGAACAGCAAGGCAGAGAUUUACACCUGGAGAUUCAUAACUGUUCCACAUUAUUAAUUUCAGCCGUUUUCUAUUCAUGGAGACAUCUAUUCUCUUCUCUGCAUUUGAAAAUUGAAAAUGUAGAUGACGUCGUUCAAGAAGAAAUGGCUAUGAAUCUUGGUUAUAACCAAAGCUCGCUACCUUCCGGAGAUUUCAUCAGCUUCACAUUGAAAAACUCAAAAAUGGAUAGCAUAAAACCAUAUCUCAUUUCGGACACUAAAGCUCUGUUAAUCGAGAUACAAGAAAGUCAAAUUGGAACGAUUUUUGAGAAUGCUUUCCAGAACGUGAACAAAUUGUGGCAGCUAAGAAUAAUUAAAUCAAACAUAAGCAGGAUCGUAAAUCGUGCUAUGCCGGAUGCUCUAUCUAUCGAGCCUUCCCAAGCCGCACCCGUACACGAGAUGACACCAUUCAUCUUUAACGAAACGCGCAUCGACAUGCUUGAUUCCAAUUCCAUACAGUUGCGCAUAAUGGAGAAAGACGAAUAUUUGAAUAUAGUUAACUCUCAAUUUGUGACUAUCGCAAAAGGAGGAAUUCGCAUCACGGGAUUAGGCCACGUCCUGAUAGCCGAUUCUCAAUUUCACCAAAUAGAAAAUGACUCAAUUAUCAUUCAUCUAAGAGGAAUGGAGACUGAAAGUUCCCACAAGCUCAUUGCUUACUCAACCUUGACUCUAAUGGGAAUUGACAUCUUUUCGAUGGACAUAAACAAUUUUCUUCGUAACAUACAAAUAACCAAUGGUAAGUUAUACUUGAUUCGCUUGAAUUUCCGCUAUUCCGGAGCUCUCUCGUCCAUCAUUACUAUGGACAACAAUACGAUAGCUCACAUUUCGGACCACAAUCAGACAACAGCCGCAGAACGCUGGACUGUGAUAUGCAGUUGCCGUGAAAUCGCAAAUAGAUUACAUGUAUCGCCCAAUAAUAAUGAUAGAAAAGAACCACAGGAAUUAGACAACGGAGUCUUACCAGUAAAGCAAAGCGAUUACGAUUAUGACGAGCCAACUGCGACCUUACCAACGCCAGCAAAAACGAAUGCUUCAUCCAUUUAUUCCGAUAUUCUAAAAGAGUUACGAUGUUAUCAAGAAGGAUCAAGUUCGAUUACCACGAACGAAUUUGACGCUUCCUAUUGCCCAGAUGUAACAACUGAAGCAGCAGUGGAGGGAAAAAAUCACAAUAUGAGUUAUGUGAUUCCAGAAUCGGAGCAGUCGUCGAACAGCAGUUACUAUAAUCAAUCGAUGGUCUGGUAUCUCGGUGCCACUGGAGGUUGCAUUUUUAUUGCCAUUGCAAUUCUAAGUUUCCUGGCUAUCUUCAGACACAAAAGAAAAAGUUUCAAGAUUCAUAAUAAGCAGAAGACAAAUAAAGCUUAUCGACCGAACAAUUCCAACGUCAUCAGCGAAGAUCCUAUAUGCGGGUGUGACGAGGGUGAAGAAGAGAGCCAAUUGUAGAACCGAAUGAUUAUAUACUUGAAAAUUGUUGGCAAUAAUAAAAAUUGAUUUCAAUAAGAAGAAGAAUAAAGUUGUGAAAACUA